AGCAGCAGCCAACAAGACACUACAUGAAACGUAAAACACUUCUAUUGAAAAAAACUGACGUGUUUAUGUUGUCUGUAUUUAUCUAAGAAAUAUCAGGGCAACAUGUUAUCUUCCAUAAUAGGAGUAAGCAUUUUUCGCAUACUUCAUAAGGUCGGCGCAGAGUUCUGCGGUUAUCUGUCAGAAGCAGCAUUGCACAAUUUCUGACAUUAAAGUAGAGAUGCCUGCCUUUCCAAUAUUGUCAAGCACAGCAGGAUUAAAAAAGGUGUUAAGAGAUCAGAAAAUCAUAGAGUGAUGCAACAACAAAUACAGAACAAAGAAGUGAAGAUGUCUUCCUUAACAACAAGCUGCCAGAGACACACCAGGAGAGAUGGAAAAAAUUGUCAGCUGGGUCUCUUGAGACAAACACUACUGAAAAUGGUAUACCAGAAACAAGUCUGAGAGGCAACUUAACAGUGAACUGCUGCAGUGACUUAAGAGCAAACAGAAGGAGCUGCAUUUUGUCUUCCUGAUACUUGUUCCAGCCAGUGCACACUUAAUAUAUUAAUAAUCUGCCUGGGUAAGAAGAUUCCACAAACAUGAAUGACUACAGACUUGACCAUUGAUUGCUCUUUACAGAUGUUUACACUUUGAGCAUGGCAUUCUGAAGAAAACACUGAAAACUGUUUUAUGAGGUGAUAAUGCAGAAGGGAGUGGGACGAACAAGGUGAGGACGGAUUUCACAGCAGCAUCUUAAUGUAACUGAUAGGACAGAGAAGAGCAACUCCAAGCAAAGAUGUCAUUCACAAAAAAUGUGAGCAAAGGAGCUUAUGAUUUUUUACUGCCCUGAACUGGUCUGAUCACAACAGGGUUCAUAAUAGCUGUAGCAGAAACAGAUACAUUUAAGCUGGCAUCAUACCUGGAAAACUUCCACAUAAAUUUUUAGACUUUGCAGUACAUUAUGGCUAUCCUGAUUUAUAACUGUUAGCAACUCGUUAGAUGUUACAGAAUCAUCAGCCUUUGCAAAAGCAGAAACUAUGGAAACAAACGACUCAAACCGGACUUGUGAGUUCUAUAACCGCAACCAUCCUUUCCUUCUAGGGGGUUACAUUGUCAUUUUUGUUAUUGGAUUAAUAUUAAAUAGCACAUCCAUCUUUGUAUUCAUCUACUACUUUCGAAUGAACACAGUUGUGACAAUUUAUAUGUGUAACUUGGCUGUAAGUGACUUGUUGUUCACCCUUUCACUCCCGUUUCGUAUGCACUACUAUGCAAACAGUGCAUGGAGCUUUGGGAAUGUGCCCUGUCAGAUCUCAGGAAGCCUUUUCCAGAUCAACAUGUAUGGUAGUUGCCUAUUCCUUCUCUGCAUCAAUAUUGACAGAUUCUUGGCGGUUGUGUACCCACUAAGACUACGGCAUCUUCGGCGGCAAAAGGUGGCGCAUAUGGUUUGCCUGUCAGUUUGGAUUGUCAUUAUAUUGUUCUGUGCCCCUGUGGCCCGAAUGCACAAAACCACCCAAUGCACAUAUUUUGGGAGUGGAAAAAAUGAAACCUUGUGUUUUGAGAGCUUUACAGAUGACAGCUGGAAAGAUAAUAUCAUCCCUCUAGUGAUUACGGCAGAAAUUCUUGGCUUCCUCCUGCCACUAUCUGUUGUUACCUACUGCACUACUCAUACACUUGUGGUGCUGUUUAAGAGAAGGUCUGAGCACAGCACACGAGGUAUUAAGACUAUUCGUCUGUUAGUGGUCAACAUGGUGAUAUUUGUUGUCUGCUUUGUACCGUACAAUACCACAUUAGCAAUUUAUAGCCUACUUAAGUCUAAUGGGCAUUCUCAGCUGAAAAGUGACACUGUACGUUCAGUGCUGUUUAUCACAAUAAUGAUGGCAAGCGUGAACUGUGUCCUAGAUCCUCUUGUCUAUUACUUUAGUACAGAAGGCUUUCGCAGUACCUUUCGGAACAUAACAGUGGCACAAAAGAAGGUAAACAAUUCCACAGCCCAGAGAGUACUGUGGAAAGGUAGCAACAAGAAAGAGAUUGCUAACGAAAGUAAAAUUUCACUGAACACAUGCCUUCAGAACAUGUCUGUCUUACAAAAGCAGCCCAUUGAAAUAAUCAACACAGAGUCUGUUGUUUAGGGUUUGGACUAAGGCCACAGCUGUGUCCCUCUUUGUGACACCUUCCUUCAACAGUCUUUUAAACAUAUUUUUGCAUAUAAUGCCAGCUGGUUGUCCAUGUAGCAUGUACAUAACAAUUUGUACUCAUGUUUUUACCUGUUUUGUUGUCUUCUGUUUAAUUAAUUUUUCCUCUGCAACAAAGAAUAAUGGCCCUCUGACCUCAAACUGUUUAAAUGUUAAAUAUUGAAAAACAAUAAAACAUGAAUAAUUUGUUUAAAAUCUGCUGCAUGAAACACUCUUAUUAAAAUUGUAAUAUGACCUGAUGCAUGAAGCUGUGA